CGGAUGCGCCAACUUUCCCGCGCUCACCUCGAAGGAAAGACAAUUAUUUAAAUGACUUUCAGUAUUACAAUUAUUUUUAAAUACCGUCCAAUCCAUCUCUGAAUUUUGUCUCCCAUUUCGUGUCGGGGAAACGUGAAAUUGUGGACGCAUUGAGAGAAUUAUUAUGCUUUCUAAACCGAAGGGACCAUUUCACUCGGGACCAAUCAAAGUUGAUCAACACCUCCUAGGGAGAAAUUGAAGUGAAUGAAAAAUGUUCAAUUUAUAUACAACGCUGAAUAAAAAAGACGAGGAGAACGGCACUCGUCGCCGUGAAUCCGAUGUCACGGGACACGACAGGUUCUACCAGGAACGACCUCGAUCACGUCGCAAAAGACGACCCUCGAAUAGACGCACGAAAAGUGCAAUUGAACUUGAUACAAAUGCAAUUUUAACAGCCCAAGCAAAUCAUGCGCGACGUAAUAGGAGUGCGAGCAUCGAAGGGGGUGAAAGUAGUAGCAGUAGUAUUGAAGACAGAUUUCAAUUGACAAUGAAAAUUGAUAGCCUCGCUAAGCUACUUUUCAAUCGGGUAUCAGCUGCGAAAGCAUAUCGGGACAACGAAAUUAGAAAUGGUAGAUCUAAUUACGAGUCAUUGGACCAAGGUUCCUCCUUCCGCGAGGAAAGUGGUGAAUAUCUGGAGAUGGAGAAAAAAUCGAGGGACCAUGCACUAUCUGUCUGCGAAGUUUACAUCCAAGGGAGCUUACGAUAUAAUCUGAUUAAACAGCUCUGCAACGUUGGCUCUCGAGUCGACAAACAUUGGUUCGCAGUUCGUGACACAACUCUGAAGACCGACAGGCUAUUGACACUAGUGCCAUUGAAUCGAAAUUGUCCACUCACCGUCUGUUCGUCCACUAAAGAUGUCCUCAACAAGUUAUUUCUGGCUCUGCAGCAUCCGUAUGUGUGUCCAGUAUUUGACCUAGAGUUCAUUGAGUUCGAGGGACAGAAUUAUGUGAUUCUAGUUCAACCCAUAAAUCAAGGCAGUAUGAAGGAUCUUAUUUACGGGAUCGAGAGAAACUGCUGGAAUGCGGAUUGGAGCCACAAGUACACGUCCCGUGGAAAAGGUCUCACAUUACCCCAAAUUCUGCAAAUGGGAAGACAAGUUCUCGAAGCUUUAAUAUUCCUAAAGGACCGUGGUUUUCCAACGGUGACGCACUUGCACUCUGGCAAUGUUGUUAUUCAAAACGGUGUCGCACGUCUCGCAGGACUUGAGAAUUCACUCUUGGGAUUUACCAGUCGAAUUCAUCCAGUUGUCACCUCUCGACCGACCCCUCGUGUCGCCGUAGACAGCAUUUGCUUCGGUCAUAUGCUGUUUGAGAUGUGCACGGGUUACGAGCUAUGCGCUUUCAAGCCGUCGUCAGUUCACAUGGCAGAUCUUGAAAAAUAUCCAAAGGUUGGUGAUCUGAUGGACCUCAUAUUUAACCAACCAGGGGGUCAUUAUCCCAGUGUCGAGGAGCUGCUGGUCCACGAUCUAUUCCGCAAUAUCGAUCUGCGCGAAAUGCGAAAUGCACCGGUAAAUAUGUUUCGCCCGAUACUCAUGCCAUCAAUUGUGGCCCUCCUCGAAACCAUAAAACGCCACAACAAUAGCAGAAGAAUUCCUAGCAUCAUUCCUGAAGAAAUGAUAUCACUGCAGAGUCCAGAGGCCCAACCCACUAACACCGGACGUUUUCUCACCGAGAUGUACAACGAAAUAACGAGUACAACUCUGUAAUUCACCAAUUCCUCAGUGAAGUAGGAAAAUCCAACGAGUCGAUUUCUCGCAUUUUGUUAAAUAUAAAAUUAUCUCAAUAAUGAGUGAUUAUUGGAGAAAAUGACAAAAUAGUAUAUUUCGAUACAAGUGC